CACAGAGUUUAGCCAACAGCUGUAGCUCUCAGUGCGCCUGCGCUUGUUGGGAACAUGGCGGAUGACAAGGGUUCCCCAAAACUGAAGGAUCUUGCCUUUCUCAAGGGCCAACUAGAAGGUCUACAGCGCAGGCUGGAAGAUGAGGUCCAUACUGGAGUAACUCAGGAAGGCUCACUUCUAAGUUCCCCAUUCCUCAAGGGAUUCUUGGCUGGUUAUGUCGUUGCCAAACUCAGGGCCUCUGCUGUGCUGGGAUUUGUGGUUGGAACUUGCACUGGGAUAUAUGCCGCUCAGAGCUACGCAGUGCCAAAUGUUGAAAAGACCAUUAAGGACUACCUUAGCUCUUUAAAAAAGGGACGAGAUUAAACUGGACGGCAUAUGGUUCUACUCCAUUAAGUACUCUUUCAUGCUUUUAGUGUUCUACAUUAGGUUUUUUUAUAUUGCACAGUAUGCCAGUGUGUGUGUACCGUUACAUAAACUGCACCAGGUAGCACAUUCAGCUGGCCUUAUUGCUAAAGUGUCUUCUCUAUUUUUACAUAUCUCAAUGCAAAUCUUGCUUUGGAUGUAAUGUUAUAAUGCACUGAGCCAUUCUGAAAACAGUGAGGACAUCAUUAUUUAUUGGCAUAGAUUGUUCUAGCAGGACAAUCUGCAAAUUCACUCGGCUGCAAGGCUUUCACUAUAAAUUGACUGUUACUUAUUCAUGAAUGUUAAAAGUUGCUGCUGUAUAAGGAAGAACCUGCAGUUAACUGGAAUUCCAUAUCACCUUUAGUUACUGCCUGAAAGCACACACACUCUUAUAUGCAUAGAUUUCUACUUUAUUUGGCAUUAAUGCAACAUCUGGGUCUUUUUUUUUUUUUUACCAAAUCUGUUUAAAUAAAUUUUAAAUUUGGUACCAAAAACCAGCACACA